UUGGAAAGGUGAGAGCAGAAAAGAACACUCGACUCAAACGUCUGCCUCUCGAUUGAUUGUCAUACUUAUGAUUUUUGCAAACUGAUGCUUUGAAAUGGGAGAGUUUGCGUUGUGUUUUUUGCUGGCAUAAAGAAGGGAAAUAUUACAUGACCACUUGAUACAAAUUCUGUGUUUUUCUUCAUUUUAUUUUUCAACGGUGUCCUUUUGAGCAGGAAAAAGAACAUUUUCAUCCUCCUAAAAAGAAUAAAAGUUCUUCGGAAUGGCGCCGAACGACGCUGAUUUUGGACUCCAGGGCAGCAGCAUCAUUAAGGAAUGGACGGGGCAGGUCCAGCCGGCUCUCAUGGCAUCAUUCAUCAUCCUCUUCUUCAUGGAGGCGUGGCUGUGGGUCAGGAACCUCACGUUCAAGAGAAGGUUGCCGGGCCCGUUCGCCUGGCCCGUUGUGGGCAACGCCAUGCAGCUGGGACAAAUGCCACAUAUCACUUUUUCCAAGCUGGCGAAAAAGUAUGGAAACGUCUACCAGAUCCGACUGGGCUGCAACGACAUCGUGGUGCUGAACGGUGAUGCAGCCAUACGACAGGCGCUCGUCCAGCGUGGCACGGAAUUCGCCGGCCGACCAGAUUUUGCGUCGUUUCGGAUGAUAUCCGGGGGUCGAAGCAUGACGUUCAGUAACUACAGCAAACAGUGGAAGAUGCACCGCAGAGUCGCCCAGUCCACUUUGAGGGCGUUCUCGUCAGCCAACAGCAAAACCAAAAAAGCCUUCGAGCAGCACGUGGCCGGGGAAGCCAUGGACCUGGUCCAGAUUUUCCUCAGGCUCAGCGCGGACGGGCGAUACUUCGACCCGUCCCACGAACUCACGGUCGCUGCCGCCAACGUCAUAUGCGCGCUUUGCUUCGGGAAGCGCUACGGCCACGAUGACCCCGAGUUCAGGACGCUCCUGGGUCGUGUGGCUAAGUUUGGAGAGACGGUGGGAGCCGGCAGUUUGGUUGAUGUCAUGCCCUGGCUGCAAUCCUUUCCCAACCCGGUGCGAAGCGUCUACCGCAACUUCAAGAACCUCAACGAGGAGUUUUUCACUUACGUAAAGGAUAAAGUCGUGCAGCACCGAGACACAUACGACCCCCGUGUGACCCGUGACAUCAGCGACGCCAUCAUCGGGGUCAUCGAGCACGGGAAAGACAGCACGCUCACACUGAGCAAAGACUACGUGGAAGGGACGGUCACAGAUCUCAUCGGAGCAGGACAGGACACCGUCUCCACCGCCCUGCACUGGAUGCUGCUUCUGUUGGUGAAAUAUCCAUCGAUCCAAAGCAAACUUCACGAGCAGAUCGAUAAAGCGGUGGGUCGUGACAGACUCCCCUCGAUAGAAGACAAAAGCGCUCUGGCUUACCUGGACGCGUUCAUCUACGAGACCAUGCGCUACACCAGUUUUGUGCCGGUCACCAUACCGCACUCCACCACCUCCGACGUGACCAUCGAGGGUGUCCACAUCCCCAAAGACACCGUGGUGUUCAUCAAUCAGUGGUCCGUCAACCACGACCCCGAGAAGUGGCGAGACCCUCAUAUCUUCGACCCGUCCAGAUUCUUGGAUGAGAACGGAGAUCUGGAUAAAGACCUGACCAACGGCGUCAUGAUAUUCUCCACGGGUAAGAGGAGGUGCAUUGGUGACCAGAUCGCCAAGGUGGAGAUUUUUUUGGUCUCGGCGAUCCUGCUGCAUCAGUGCUCGUUCGAGAGAAGCGCAUCGCAGGACGUCUCUCUGGACUGCUCGUACGGUUUGACGCUGAAGCCUCUCCAUUUCACAAUCUCGGCAAAGCUCAGAGGAAAACUUCUUGGCUUGGUGUCUCCGGCAUGAGCGAAAAGCAUUUCUUCUUUCUCACAGUGCCCAUGUUGUGACUGAAAAGACUGAAUCUUGCAAGCGUAUAUUCAACAUAACAAUGAGUAUUAGUGAAGCUGCACUGAAUGAUGUAAUAUUCUGUGUUAUAUUUAACAAAUAUACAUGUAUGUUAUAAUUGAAGGGACAGUUCACCUACUAUGAAAAUUCAUUUACUCGCCCUCGCCACCUGUUGUUUUUUUCGUCCGCAGAACACAAAAGAAGAUAUUUUGAAGAAUGACACUCAACUCCAUUGAAUGAACACAAAACCACUGAGACAUUUCUCAAAAUAUCUUCUUUUGUGUUCCACUCAAGCAAGACUCGCAUACAGAUUUACGACCACACGAGAGUGAAUAAAUGACAGAAUUUGUAUUCUUGGGUGAACUGUCCCUUUAAAUAAUGAAUUCAAUCACAUCCAUAGAAUGUGUGUGUCCGGUCGUUGACAGACUCUUUAAUCUCUUUAUUUACGUUUUAAAAGCAGGACUGCAAUGUAUGAUGUUCAUGGUGAAAUAGAAAGCCACUGUAUUAAUGAUUCUGAUAUAAUAUCAUGCAAUGGUUUGUUAGUAAUGUGUUUCAGAACAUGCGUUUCCCUUCAUUCGUUCAUUUUUUUAUGCAGAGUUUGCAAAGACAUUCAGUAAACUGAUGUGAUUAUAAGCUUCAGGUAUUUAAAAGCCUUUAUAUUUAUACUUACCACACAGUUAGUCUUUCGAUAAACACUAUUCUUGUCAAAUAAUGCAUCGUAUGUUUUGAACGAGAUUCUGUUCAGUAAAUCUGUGCAAUAGAAGUGUUGCUAUAAACAUCAAAUAUGACCAGAUGUUCAGAUUCAGAACAUGAGGUGGUCUUCAGUGUCCCGCUCUUCAUCAUGAUGGCAUCCCACUGCAAAAAAAAGGGGGCGAGAGAAAAAUCACGAUGUUACUCUGUAUUUUUGCCGUAAACAUCCUUAAAACAAGAUUUAUUGUUCAUGUUUUUUUCCUUUUGAAUUCCAUUGGCGAAAAGCAUCGCAAUGUCUUUUUAUAAAAUUGUCUAUCAUUUUGCAAGCAAAUAAAUCUCGCUUUAAGGGAGUUUAGAUAAGAGUGUUGAAAAUAAAUGUGCUCUUCGUGAUGUCAUCUCGUCUUGAUGACGUCAUCGUAAAGGUUCUCUUAAAUCCUCCUUUACGGUACCUACAAAAUCAAACAUGUUGGUGAAAAUCUGAUGAAUUUCCAGGAUUUGUUCCUAUAUUGUAUAAUAAGCAUUAUGGUCAUGUUUACACUGAACGUCUUUAGAAUUAAAGUGCAUGUCUUCAGGAAUUCAUACCACUUAUUUGGAAAUCACAUUUGUAUCCAGGCAUUCUUAGAUUAUAUGUGUUUUUAUGUUUUUACUCAAGGUAAAUAAGCUACAUGUGGACUAAAUAAAACGCUGUUUA